GCAGAAGCAACAGAUAGAAGGAGAAAGCUCUCUUGGCUGGUUAGAGAGGAGGACUCAGUUUUUGGUGCGUUAUACUUGAUAAAUAUUAAUCGAUCAUUAUGGGUUCAUCGGGUGCUUCAUCAAUGGAAAGAGAUCAAUUCCUUCACAUGAAUGGUGGCGAGGGAGAAAGGAGUUAUGCAAACAACUCCUCGCUACAAAGAAAAUUAAUGCUGAAAGCCAAGCCCAUACUUGAAGAAACUAUAAGGAAACUAUAUCGUGAUUAUUCUCCCACGUGCAUGAAAGUGGCAGAUUUAGGUUGCUCCGUGGGAUCAAAUACACUUCUUGUGACAUCAAAUAUUAUUGACAUAGUUGACACCACAUGCACCAGCUUGAAUUGUGAACUACCCACAUUCCAAUUUUAUCUCAAUGAUUUAUUUGGAAAUGAUUUCAAUACCAUCUUCAAGUCACUUCCUGAUUUCUAUACAAGAUUGGAAGAAGAAAAAGGGCACAAGUUUGGUUCGUGCUUUAUUAAUGCCACUCCUGGAUCCUUCCAUGGGAGGCUCUUUCCCAAUAAUUCCAUUAACUUUUUUCAUUCAGCCAACAGUCUACACUGGCUCUCUCAGGAUCCAUUAUUGGGGUUGACUAAGGAGAUUAAAUCACUUAACAAGGGCAACUGCCACAUAGUUAGCACAAGCCCUCCAGCAAUAUACAAAGCUUACCUUAAGCAGUUUCAAGAAGGUUUUAGAUUGUUUCUAAAAUCACGUUCAGAGGAACUUGUGCCUGGAGGAGCAAUGGUCUUGGUGCUUCCUUGCACUUGUAAAAAUGAAACUCUUUCAAAAAGCCUGUGGGAAGUAAUUAGCUUAACACUGAGUGACAUGCUCUUGGAGGGUUUGAUUGAAGAAGCAAAAUUGGACUCCUUUAACAUACCAACUUAUGAACCUACGAUUGAGGAAAUUAAGAAUGUGAUUCAGGAAGAAGAGUCACUGUUUCUUCAAAGAUUUGAGAUUUUCACUGUGCCUAGGGAUCAGGGUAUAAAUGAAUGUGAUGAUGAUUCUUUCCUUGACGGAAAUAGAAGAGCUGAAUUCAUAGCCACAUACACAAGAGCUGCAAUGGAGUCUCUCUUAUCUGCAAAAUUUGGUGCACAAGUUAUAGAUGAAAUAUUUAUCAGGUUUCAGAAGAAACUUGUGCAACUAAUGGAGGUGGAGAAAUUUGAGACUGCUAAUUUGAUUAUAUCCAUGACAAAAAUGGCUUGAAGAAGGGUUGCUCAAUAGAAGAUCAUCUUAAAAAGUAGUUUUUGCUUUUGUGAUUUUGUUUUGAUUUGGUGAAAUAAAUUCAAGGAGUAGAUGAUGCUCCUCUUAAUAUUUGUUGAAGCUUAAGAUCUGUAUGAUGAUCAGUAUGUCGUAUAUCUUAAUAAUGACUUAUAAUAGUACUUGGAUAUUUUUCCACUUGAAAAAUUAUUAUUAUCAGUGAAAUAAAAAACUUAUGUUUCGAUUUGAGGCCCUGCCCCAUUAAUCGUAGUCUGUCUGGUUAGAAAGCAUGUCAAUUCAAUGUCUAGACAUGCAGAAAACAC